AAAUCGAGCUACUCGGCGCCACAAAUAAUAAGGACGUGAGGUAAUAUAAUUUUGUGGCGUGAUUGAAGGGCCCUCAAAUCCACUAUAAAAACCAAAACAAUGAAGGGAAUGGAUCUCAACCCAAAAAUGGCUGCAAAACCUCAAGCCAUUACCAUGCUUCUUACCCUCUCCCUAGCCCUCAUUGGAACCUCCCAUGGUGGUGGCAUAGCCAUCUACUGGGGCCAAAAUGGAAACGAAGGAACCUUGACCCAAACCUGUGACACUGGCAGAUACUCCUACGUUAACAUAGCCUUCCUUAUCAAAUUUGGCAAUGGCCAAACCCCUGAGCUCAACUUGGCUGGCCACUGCAGCCCCGCAUCCGGUGGCUGCAGAGCAGUCAGCAACGGCAUCAGAAGCUGCCAAAGUCGAGGAAUCAAAGUGAUGCUCUCCAUCGGAGGUGGUGUCGGAAGCUACUCUCUAUCAUCAAAGGCAGACGCAAAGAACGUGGCAGAUUACCUCUGGAACAACUACUUGGGUGGGCAAUCGUCGUCCCGUCCUUUAGGUGACGCUGUUUUGGAUGGUAUUGACUUCGACAUCGAGCUGGGAUCAACUGGGUUCUAUGACGACCUCGCUCGCUACCUCUCCGCCUAUAGCAGUCGAGGAAGGAAGGUAUAUUUAACAGCAGCCCCACAAUGCCCAUUUCCGGACAGUUUCUUGGGGACUUCCCUUAACACCGGACUUUUCGACUACGUUUGGGUUCAAUUCUACAACAAUCCACCAUGCCAGUACAGUUCGGGUAACAUCAACAAAAUUGUUAGUUCAUGGAACCAGUGGACAUCGUCAAUAAAUGCAGGGAAGAUAUUUUUGGGGCUGCCGGCAGCACCAGAAGCGGCUGGAAGUGGUUAUAUUCCAGCAAAUGUGCUGACUUCGCAGAUAAUUCCGGUGAUAAAAAAUUCAGCUAAGUACGGUGGGGUUAUGCUAUGGUCCAAGUACUAUGAUGAUAAGAAUGGAUAUAGUGCUUCCAUAGUGAAAAAUGUAUAAGGAAGUGGGACACUAGAUGAUGCAGUAUAGUCAUUAGUGUACCUUCUAAUAAUAAUGAAAUAAACUGAUGGCAUCUUUGUGGUCCAAAGUGCCAUUAUUUCUGACUUUCCACGCAGCUCUCCAUGAAACAAGUUUCUAAUAAAGCGAUUGAAUCUCU